AUCUGUUUUGGGGUGAGGCGGUGCGUUCUCGGGGUGCACAACUUUCUGCGUGUUUCCGCAGUUUUCGCAGCUCUUCAUCCACUCUGGAUAACCCGAAAAAACAGUGAGCGCAGGUCGCGCGGGGCUCUGCGGCGCAGUGCGCAAAUCUGCGAAAGUACCCGAACAGGCCGCUGCACGGCACAGUUCUCACACAGCCACCGUCUCAUGUGUGGUUUUACUCGUCGGUGCGGGGAGAAAGUUGUGGACAUGUUUUCCUCAAGUGCACGGUUUUGACGGAUACAGUGUGCAACAUUGUAACCGCCGCGUUUAAUGAGCACUUCCAGCCUCUGUGCGGACUUUGGAUUGUGUUUUCGUGGGCUUGGAAAGUCGCUCGUUCGCCAUAUUGCGCGCUGUGAAACUCGAGGGGAAAGUUGUCAAGAGAGUUAUGACAUUUGCUGCGCACAAUCUCUUCAUGGGGCUGCAUGCAGUCGACUUUGAUCGAAACCAAAGUGGCUCCAUGGAGCUGGCCAUGGGGAGCUCUGUGCACCAUUGAUAAGGUCCGGCACCAUAAAGAGGAUGAGAAGAAUGGACAGCAAACCUCAUAUUUGAUUCUGGAAGGAGGGUUGCUUUCUCCCCGCCCUGCACUUUCCUUUGGGAUUUACAUUUCCUCCCAAAUACCUCCGUAUACACAAUUAAACAGAGAAUUCCUCAGCCCCAGGCAUUGAAAGCACACUACAGAGGCAAUAACUGAGCUGUUUGCAUGCUCACAGAUCAAGAUUGAGAGCUCUGACUCCAACAUUUUUGUACCAUAUAAUAUUACUAUGAGUCUUCCUCCUCAAGUUAAUACUGACAAGAGUGGCAAGCAUCGGGCUGCAGCCAUGAAAGAGCCUGUGCAGCACUCAGGUGAGGUUUAUUAUGGUAUGGGACCUCCGGCUUUAGAGUCGAGCCACAGUGACUCUGCUAGCAGCUCUGGUGUUUACAACCCCGAGAAAGGGCCCCAAAGUCUACCGCACUAUCAACAGGCUGCUCCAGUAAAGUGGAUGCACCAGGACUCCAUACAGGCCCCCGGCUGGUCUCAGGAAGCUCCUGUGCCAGCCUGGGGCCAGAACUUUGGCCCCUAUAUGAGUGGAGUGAAUGUCAGGGGUCAGAUGGUGUUCCACAAAGGAGUUCAUGAGGGUGUAGCUCUGCCGAUGGGGGCAGAAAACCAACUGCCAGGGCCAGUUGAGGCUUAUAGAGAUGCCACCCAGGCCCAAGCUCAGGGGAGGGGGCUCGAGUGGGAGCAGCACGCUGCGGCGGCAAUGCACCAGACUCAGCUGCAGGCCUAUCAACACACACACAAAGGUGUGGAGAUCCAAGGUCAGCCACAUGUACCUCCUCACGCUUUGCAGGGGUCCAUGCUGCAGCCCUUCCAGGCAACAUUUAGACCCAGCAAGCAGCAACAGUUUUCAUCCGGUUAUUACUCUGUUUUUCCAGGCAAUAAGGGCGUGCCGAGCCUGGCGUACAGCGAGCAGCCUAAAACUCAACAGCAACUGCUCCAUCAGAUGCAGCAGCAACAAAUGCAUCACCAUCACCAGCAGCAACAGCAGAUACAUCAGCAGCAUCACCUUCAGUUGCAACAGCAGCAACAUUUGCAGCAACAGCAGCAACAAAUCCAACAGCAUCAAAUCCAACAGCAACAACUGCAGCAGAUGCAUCAACAGUAUCACCAGCAACAGCUUCAAGAGCGGCAGCAACAAAUGCAGCAAAUGCAGCAGCAGCAGCAACAGCAGCAGCAACUGCAGCACCAAAAUGCACCACAGCAAGAAACAACACAACUUCAGGUGCAACCGAAACAGCAACCGACCCAAAACUUUGUGACUUAUCAGCCUCCUGAACCCUGUCCUCCUGACACUGUGCCUAAAGAGGAGGUUGUCCAGUCUGUGGAGCCACAGCAGGAACCAGAGGCUCAAACCAGUGAUGUAUCAUCUGUACCGGGUCAGUGCCCCGAAAAGGUCGCCACAAAUCCCGCAGAGCCUUCCGAUGCACUGCCGGCUGCACCCCGGCGCUCACGCCGUCUUUCCAGAGAUGGACAGUCCCCACUGGGUCCCCCUCCGACAAACAUCUGGUCUCAAACAACCAAAGAGCCUCCACCGCCCCAAAACGGAGUAGCAGGCGUUCCGGCUGUGAGAGGAGGGGAAAGCCAAGUCACAACAGGAGUUAUCAAGGUCACCAGUAGGAGAAGGAGGGCGUCUAAGGAGAUCAACUUGGAGACUCUGGCCCAGAAGGCAUCAGAAAUGGAGAAACUUGUCAAGGAAGAUGGUCCUUCAGGCAGACAGGCCACUAUGGUGCCUCUGGUCAUCCCUGUAUCGGUUCCGGUGCACAGGGCUCAACCAGAUCCUCAGGGCGGCUGGGCUCCGGGACGUCUCGUCCCGGGCGAGCGGCUUGCAGGACAGUCCGAUCGCAAACCUUCUGUCAUCGUGGCUCGUCGGCGAUCGCUCAGAAACUCCAUGACUGAGAGUUUUGGACAGGACAUGGAAAGCGAUCCAGGGCUGGACGAGGAUGGGAAAUCCAAAUGUAAACGCCGACCACGGCCCGAGCCUCUCAUCAUCCCUCCGCACAAACCAUCCACCUUCAUCCCUCCACCCCUCUACUCCAGUAUCUCUUCAUACCAGAGCAACCUGCGCUCCCCCGUCCGCCUGCCGGACAACCCCCUCACUCUGCCCCCGUACACGCCUCCACCCAUCCUAUCUCCCGUUCGUGAGGGCUCAGGACUCUACUUCUCCACCUUCCUGACAAACAUCGCAAGCAACCAGAUCCUGCCACCGCCGCCUACGCCCAAAUCUGCGUCACGCAGUCUGUUGCGCUCCACAAGUUCAGAUAUCACACCUCCUGUUCUGCCCUUGAUCACCGAUGCCACAGCUGUUAGCCUCGAACCGCGCAUCAACAUUGGGCAGCAGUACCAGGCAGAAAUUCCAGAGUUGCAAGAUCAACUUUCCUCCCAGUUUGAUCAACACAAGGCUGACUUGGUUUGGCUCCCUGUGGAUGACUCCUGCCUCAAACCCGGUUAUCAAGAGAGGAUGGAGGAUUUGAUGAACAUGGCUUGUUCCAGUGUGCUCAGAGGCGGAGGAACCAACCAGGAGUUGGUUUUACACUGUUUACAUGAAUGUGGAGGGGAUUUCCUUGAAACACUGGGACGUUUGAUGCUUCAGGACACAGUUUUCCCCAAAGGCCAUCACCUGACACGUUAUCACUACUCAGGCUCUGACUGCUGGACUGCAGAAGAGAAGCGCUACUUCAAUAAGGGGAUCUCUGCCUACAGGAAGGACUUCUUUAUGGUGCAGAAAUUGGUGCAGACCAAGACUGUGGCUCAGUGUGUUGAGUUUUACUACACAUACAAGAAACAGGUGAAGAUCAGUCGCAACGGGAUUUUAACCUUUGGCCCUCCAGAUUCACCGGUGGAGAAGCACACCGAGGCCGUGGUGGAUGUUAAGAGUUCACAGCAGUUAAAACUGGUGGAUGGAGACGAGAAGAAGGACAUGUCUUACGACCACGAGAGCAGCCAGCGGGCGAGGGUCGCUCAGUCACUACAGGCUCAUGACUAUGCAGGAACAAUUCUGAUUAAAGAGCCGAACACUGUGAACAAGGAGGCUCAUCACCCAGCAGCAGCUCACAGGCCUCGGGCCGAGCCUACAGCAAAGAAGAGCAGGGCGCCGGUAAAGCCCCCGCAGGAUCCUGACGCAGAAUUCCCAUGCAAGAAAUGUGGCAGGGUGUUUUAUAAGGUGAAGAGUCGAAGUGCCCACAUGAAGAGCCAUGCGGAGCAGGAGAAGAAGGCGGCAGCGCUGCGUCAGAAAGAGGAGGAGGAGCAGGCGGCGGCUGAAGCUCGGGCCAGGAGGGCGGCGGUGGUGGCAGCAGCAGCAGCGGCGGCGGCGGCUCAUCAGGGAGGAAAUGGGAACGGAGUGACGGAGCAGGCGGAGGUCAGCAGCCAGGAAGACUCAUCUGAGGCAGAGGAUGACAACGAUGAAGACUGGCACUGAGAGACAAAGAGCAGGAGAGAAAUCAAUGAGAAGAUGGACUGAUGGGUAAAAGCAGAAAGUGGAGAUGGAGAUCGAAUCAGAGAGGGAGGGAGAACGAUGCCCAACGGAGAGAAGAGUGAGGUCUUCCUGUUAACCUUCACACUCCCCUGGCUGACACCGGCUCUCUUCAGCCGGGCAGUCACACUCCGGUUUCACACAUUUGUAUCUUUUAAAUAUUCAGAGGAAGUUUAUUUUUUUGUAAAUGCACUUAUUCCUGUACGCUUCUGCUUUUUUUUUUUUUUUUUUGCCAAUAUUGCCUUUUUUUAUAUGCUUUAUUUAAUUGAAUAUAUGUCAAAAUAUUAUACAUUUUCAUUGCGUGGACUUAAUGGUUCUAUGAUAUUUCAUUCAGAUAAUCAAUCAGGGUGCCUGUUUAGCAAUAAAACAUCAAGAUCAAAGCAAUCUUUUCACUUUAUAGUCGCAGCCCUUUUAAAUAAGUAUAGAGUAAGAGCUUGUAUUUAAAAUCUUUUUCUUAGGAAAAUAAUGUGCUGAAUUUUGCAGAUUUCCAUGAGACUUUUAGGUUGGUUAAACACUUAUUUUUUACAAAGGGACCUUUUGAAAUGAAUAUGUACAAAAAAAAGUAUAUAUGAGAUUGCCAUAUAUUUAUGAUACUGCAUUUUGCAAUAAUUUUGGUAAUAUAAAAUCUAAUCAUGUCAGCUGCAAUAUGACUUGUGAAUUGAAACGUUUAUUAAAAAUCUCUACUGAGAA